AUGGACGCACUUUAUCUUCUUUUUAAUCUCCGUCUUCUUCUUCUUCUUACUCUCCGUCUUCUUCUUCUUCUUCUUCUUCUUCUUCUUUUCUUCUUCUUUUCCGUCUUUUUUCUUCACCUUCUCCUUCUUUUUUUACUUCCCUCCUCAUUGUUCUUCUUCUUCUUCUUGGUCCCUCCUUUUUAUCUAGAGUCUUCAUUUUUUUCUCUCUAUAUAAGUCUUUACUUCUCCGCAGUCUUUCUUUCCUCUCUAUAUGAUCCAUUACUUCUACAUAGUCUAUCUUUUUUUUUUUUUUGUUCCUCCUCUAUAGGAGUCAUUAUUUCUCCGCAGUCUUGCUUUCAUUCUUUCUUUCUAUAUGAGUUUUACUUCACGCCGUUUUUUUUUCUUCUUUCAUCCCUAUGUCUUUCUAAACAGUCUUUCUUUUUAUUUAUUUCUCUCUCUACGAAUGCUUACUCCUCAGCAGUCGAUCUUCCUUCACCUUAUAUGGUCUAUACUUUAUGCAGACUUCUUUCUUUUUCUCUCAAUGAAUCGUUACUUCCGCAGAAGUCUUUUUAUUUUCUUUCUUUUUCUCUCCCCUAUAUGAGUCUUUAUUUCCUGACAAAGCACAAAAAACGGAAUCAAAAGAGUUUCCACUUUUAUUCUAUUUUUAUUUUAACCUUUCUUUUCCUUUCUUCUUUUCUUAUCUACCUCGCCCCUCCUCCUCCCUCUCUCUCCCUCUCUCUCUCUCUCUCCUCUCUCCCUCUCUCUCACUGA